CCUGUCCCUUGUGGACAGCAGCCUGAUCCCAGGGUAGGACUCGUGGUCUAGCUCCCUCUGGUCCCGCUGCUCAGGACAGGACUCUACAGUGUGUCCUCCCUGCCCAGUGGGCAUUGCUCAGGAAGGGUAAGGAGACAGAGAUGGCUUCACCCUGGUGGCUCCCUAGCACAGCCCUUGACCCUGCUUUCACCCAUUGAGCCCCAGGCAUGCUUCCACCUCUGAGCCCUGGCCUGGGAGAGGGCGGGUGGUAUAGGCUCCCACUCAGCUGAUACUGUGACUAAGGUCACUGGCCUCCACCCAGGCCUGACCAGUGUGGCCAGCAUGUCAACGUUGUGGUAAGUGUGAUCUGGGCCAAUGCACAGGGCCUGUGCUCACCUCGCCUUCAGGAAGUCGCAGGAUGUGGUAAGGCUGCACCCUGAGUGCAGCACCAUGUGGGUGACCUGGAGGGUGUCUGGGUGGGAGGGUGCCCAGGGGAGCAGGAGUGGAUGACAUAUCUGCCUUUUCCUCCCUGGCUGCCACACAGAGCCCAAGUUACAUGUUCCCCAAGAAGAAGCCGCUGCCUUCCAUCUUGUCCAAGUCCAGCAGUGUUUCCCACCUCUCCAACCCCUGGCAGGAGGAGCUGGUCAGCUACCUGAAGGACCAGGCCGUGUCCUUGCUCAUCUAUAAACACAAGUUUGAGAAGAACCUCACAGGGCAGCUGGGCUUCAUCUCCUUCCCAGUCACUGAGGCACUCAUGGACCUCUUCCUGGGUUUCAAGAGGGUGAAGGGCUCACGCAUCCACCUGUCCUCCAAGAUCAACUGGAGCUGCCUGUUGCGCCGGCUGGAGGAGGCCCAGAGCAGCCAGCAGGUGUCACAGAGGGCAACGCGAUGGGUGUCCCGGCCUGCAUCCCAGGAAACCUCCCAGCACAACACCCCCCAGCGCAGCCCAGAGACCCCCACUGUGCAGCCUGAGUUGGCCACCAGGGCCACCAAGGUCCAGGACAAGCCCACAGAACCCCACCUUGACACAGGGCUGCUGCUUACCCCACAGGAGAACGCAGUAGAUGCAGGGCAGGAGACCAGCGGGUUUCCAAAGCCCAAGGUGUCCAUAUCAGCUGACACCAGCGUGGCCUCCCAUCUGUCCAAGCAAAAAGUGGACAAGAAGGACAAGCAGAGCAUUGAGGAGGAGGUCGAAGAGGAGGAAUUGGAGGAUGCGGAGGAGGAGGAGGAUGCGGAGGAGGAGGAUGCUGCCACUUCAGGAGCCUGGUGUGUCUUGCCUCCCCUGGAGUUCGCUGAGUAUGUGGAGGCCGGGCCAGCUCAUCCUGGACUGACCAUGCUCAGUGGCCUAUGGUGGUCGAGCAACAUUAAGACCCUGCAGCUGCGGGACUUAGGGCCCAAGGAAGACACCAUGAUUGAGGUCCUGGGGAUCUAG